UCAAAUGCGGUCACCAUCGACUGCCUCCUGCUUCCCCGCUUGGCGCCGCAGCCUCUUCUCGCCGCUCUCGAAGUCAUCGAAGAGGUGCAGGAGCGAAUUGACUGUCGAGCUUUCGGUGUUAUCUGCAGCCACACCGGUAAGUGCCGCCAGACACAGCCAAUGUCUGCAUUGCAGUUCCGCAAAGUAAGCCUUCACGGCUUUCAUGACGGUGUUGCCGGUGCCGCCCUCGCCGGUCAGGCACAUGCGCAAUGGCGCGAUGUAUUUAUUGUCCCUCAGGUCUCUGUAGUGGUUCAGCAAGUGGCUGCAGAUGAUUUGGAACGCCCGCAUCUGCUCUUCGUUCAAUUUGUAACGGCUCGCCCAGUGAACAGAGAACGUCCUGUCGUCGACCGUCUCAGGCGGCUUGAAUGCGGACCCCGGCUGCGCCAGCAGUCGAGUGAGGCUGGAAGACAUUCGACUCGAAGAGAAGCUACUCAGGAGGCUUGCUUCA